GGAGCAGGGCGCCAUGGCGGGCGGGCGGUGGCAGCCGGUGCGGCUCGGGGCCGGGCUGGGUGCGCUGCUCUGCGCCCUCCAUGUGCAGGCGGCCUGUCGGGACACCACUGUCACACAGGAGCUCCUGAAAGAGGGGUUUCACAGGGACCUGCUGGUGCAGGUAGAGCUCGGGGARGAUGCAGGAGGAUGUGCAGUGGCAGCUAGAACGCGUCUUCCACCGGGAAUCUACGUGGAUCCCUACGAGCUGGCGACGCUGCAGCUGCACAAUCUAACAAAGGCAGUGUUAACUCCUGAUGUCGUUGAUGUGGAGGCUCCUGAGUACUUGGCCAGGGAUGUUGUUCUGCUGCUGUUCCUGGAGCCGGACGGGCGCUGCCCCCGCUGUUUCCGAGCUGCCGUGCCCGUGCACGCGCGGUACCACCGGCCGGCCGAGGGGACACGGGAAGCCUUGGUUGUUCUGGAGAGCCCAGAAGUGCUGCUCUGCUGCUGCCACGGUGAGAUUCUCAUUGAUGUUCUUGGGCAAUCCAGGGCUUGGAGUCUGUUCUGUGUGAGACAGAGCUCUCUGUAGUACAUGAGGAGAAAGCAUGGCCUUGAUAAAGAUCUCAUUGUGUUCCUCACUCUGUGCUGCUGCCUGGCCAAAGGCAGGGGUUUGUCAGAGACUGCUCUGUGUUGUGCUGCUGCCAUUGUACCCCUGUGCAGCUCUUCCUGCUGGAAGCCAUGGCAGUUAUCAYGACCCAUGUUUGUCACUAUCCCAGUAGGGCCUGGUUUGGCCAAGGCCCCUGCUCUGC